CUUGGUUAAUUGUAUGGCUCAAAGUCAAAAAAAGCUCAAUAUUAAUGUAAGUUUCGAAGGCGAAUUUGCUCAGUAUCUUACAGAGGUUGCACAAGCAUGGAAUAAAACUAUACCAGAAGUUUUAGUGUGUCUUGUGAAAGAAGAAUUUGAGGCAGAGAAGGAGAUGGCUGAAAUUAUAAAAGAGCGUGAUAUGCCAGAGGCAAAGACGGUCAGAAAUGAGGAUAUUGACUGGGAUAAAAUAUUAUCUGCAAAGACAAUUAAAGAUGAGUGAAAUAUAAUGUUAUCUAUUCAGAAAAGGUUCUUGAGAGGGAUUUCUUUACUUUACCACCAACAAUAAGAUCAAGAAUUAGAAGAGCUAUAGACGAGCGGCUUACAAUUGAUCCUAUUAAU